CGAAGUCGACGGUUUUACAUUUACGCAGCGUUCGUAUGGGUACAGGGUCUUCUAGUGAAGCUCUUUUUGAUGCCGUGUGUGCAAAGGAUGUAAGAAAAGCAUCGGCAGCUCUCAAGAAAGGAGCAGAUGUGAACGUGGUCUCAAAGGAGAAGAUAAGAAUUAGAUUCUGUGGCCUUGCGUUGUGUCGUCCAUCAGCGUUGCAAGUAGCAUGUGCUGAUUCGUCAAUUGAACUGGUAAAUUUGCUGCUAGAACAUCAAGUAAACGUCAACUACCAACAGGAUGAGAGUGAAUGGACAGCUCUGCAUUAUGCUUGUUGUCGUAGUCAUUUGUCUAUUGUGGAGAAUUUAUUGUCAUUGGGCUGUGACAUAGAAUCCAAGGACAAGAAUGGCUACACACCAUUUCUAGUUGCAUGUCGUCUUGGUCGUUUACCUGCAGUACAACAUCUCAUUCAAUCAAAGUGCAACAAAGCAGCAACAACUAAUGAUGGAGAGACAGCUCUACACGUUGCUGGUAAUGUUGAGGUAGUUGAUUAUCUCGUGAGCAUUGGUCUCAACAUUGAAGAUCGUGAUGAGAAUGGCUACACACCAUUUCUAGAUGCAUGUCAUUCUGGUCGUUUACCUGUAGUAGAACGUCUCAUUCAAUUAAAGUGCAACAAAGCAGCAACAACUAAUGGUGGAGAGACAGCUCUACACGUUGCUGGUAAUGUUGAGGUAGUUGAUUAUCUCUUGAGCAUUGGUCUCAACAUUGAAGAUCGUGAUGAGGGUGGAGAGACAGCUCUACACGUUGCUGGUAAUGUUGAGGUAGUUGAUUAUCUCGUGAGCAUUGGUCUCAACAUUGAAGAUCGUGAUGAGGUUUUACUAAUGGCUGCACAGCAUUUCUAG